CCUUUCUUCCAUCUUCCCCUUUCUUCCCCAGUUCCCUUUCGAAAAGGGCCUUUCCCCACAGCGUCCAUAGCCACCCACAGCGCGCCAGCGUCCAUAGCCACCCAAGCCACCCACAGAGCGCCAGCGUCCAUCAAGGCCACCAAGGCCAACAUAGCCGAGUCCGCGACUACCACUGGCUGAGCCCGCGAGUACCACUGGCCGAGCCCGUGACUACCACCGGCCGAGCUCGCCUCCUCGUCGCCACCCACAACCAUCGAGAGCAACAGCGACCACCACCGGCCGAGCCCGCCUCCUCGUCGCCACCCACAACCAUCGACAGCAACAGCGACCACCCACAACCAUCGACAGCAGCCGACGACCACCGGCCGAGCCCGCCUCCUUCUGAAUUUGUUGUCUCAGUCUUUGACACAGAAAAAAAUCACAAGAGGAUAGUGUGAAGGCAGAUUGUUAUGAUGGAUCUACAAGGCUUGCCUGCGAGUCAUGGAUUCCACAUGCCUGCGGAGUGGGAACCUCACACUCAAUGUUGGAUGGGUUGGCCUGAACGCCCAGAUAACUGGAGAGAGAAUGCUGUUCCUGCUCAAGAUGUGUUUGCCAAGGUAGCAUCUGCAAUCUCAAGAUUUGAGGAUGUAACUGUUUGUGCUAGUUCUGGCCAGUGGGAGAAUGCCAGGAGAAUGCUACCUGAACAUAUCAGGGUCCUUGAGAUCAGCAUGAAUGAUUCUUGGUUUCGUGACACUGGACCAACUUUUGUUGUGAAAAGAUCAGAGUCUGGUAAGGCAGAGCAAACUAUUGCAGGAAUUGACUGGAAUUUUAAUAGCUGGGGAGGGUUAGAAGAUGGAUGUUAUACUGAUUGGAGUUUGGACAUCCUUGUUGCUAGGAAGAUUUUGGCAGUUGAGAGGGUUCAUAGAUUUUCACAUUCAAUGAUACUUGAAGGUGGAAGCAUACAUGUUGAUGGAGAAGGUACUUGCCUUACCACUGAAGAGUGUCUCUUGAACAAGAACAGAAAUCCUCAUAUGAGUAAGAACCAAAUAGAGGAUCAACUUAAGACAUAUCUUGGAGUCAGCAAGACUAUAUGGUUGUCCCGUGGAUUGUAUGGAGAUGAUGAUACUAAUGGCCAUAUUGAUAACAUGUGCUGUUUCACUAGGCCUGGUGUGGUUUUGCUGUCUUGGACUGAUGAUGAAAGUGAUCCUCAAUAUGAAAGAUCUAUGGAAGCAUAUUCUCUGCUUUCUAAUGAAACUGAUGCCAGUGGUAGAAAAUUUGAAAUCAUUAAACUCCAUGUUCCUGGGCCACUAUAUAUGACAGAGAAAGAGGCAGCUGGAGUAGUGCAGGGUGAUGAUGGUAAGGCAAGACUUCCAGGUAUUAGGCUUGCUGCUUCCUAUGUGAACUUUUACAUUGCAAAUGGAGGUAUCAUUGUACCACAAUUUGGAGAUAAGAAGUGGGACGAUGAAGCUGUUCGAGUCCUAUCAAAGGCCUUCCCAGAUCACAAAGUUGUUGGAAUCGAAGGUUCAAGGGAGAUUGUUUUAGCUGGUGGAAAUAUACACUGCAUUACUCAGCAACAACCAGCCUUUUGAGCAAAGUACUGUCAACAUUUGUUCACGAGUGUUGUAUUUGCAUUGAAAUUUGUAGUCUCUGGAUCAUUGAUUAAACUGCUUGGUUCAUUCCAUUAAUCUUCAAAUGAUUGAUCCACAUAGAGGCACAAAAGUGUGUUCAAGUGCAUUGAAAUAAAAUGUAAACUGGCAUUUUUCAAGUUGGAAAAUCUAAAUGAAUGAAUAAAUUAGAGAUUUCUAGUUUUUACUUUGUAAAAGUACUUGAAUGCUUCCAACUAUGAUCUACCAUGUAUCUAUGAAAUUUUUCUUCAUUUUUCAA